AUGUCAAGACACAGAUUCGUCAGGAAUAUGGAUCUCGAUGACGAGAUGAAUGAGGAAGAGGAGGAAGGUUACUCUCAAGAAGAGCAAGCUCAAAUGGCAUCGGCUAUGCCAAUCGCACGAAACGCUUUAAAAGAUAUUAAACCGCCAAUAUCGGACGAUGCGAUCGCCGAUUCCUUAUGGCAUUACUGGUUUGAUGUGGAGAAAGCUGUACAUUGGUUGAGACAGGAUCACGAGAAGAAAGGCGAAGCUCCACAUCCCUCACUUCGUCCUACACCUAAAGAACAACCUCGUCGUCGACCUAGAAAUCUCUGCUCGUCAAUACCCUCAUCUUCCUCAUCGAGUGAUUCUCCACAACCGCCGCUCACGGCCUUGCAGCGGUUAUCCCUAUCAAGAAAACAAGCUACUUCAUCUUCACCCUCACCUUCCCCCGCACCUACAGCACCAGCAGUCCCAUCAAUUGAAAAUGGAGCUAAGCCAAUGUCAAGACUUGCUUUACUCGCUCAAAAACGGAAAGAAGCUGCUGCUGCUGCUGCUGCCGCCGGUCAAUCUGCCGAAAAUUUACUUCGAACACCUACCAAAUCUCCAUCGUCGUCCACCCCAGCAAGUGGCACACAAAGUCCGAACUCGGACUCUGCGUCAAAACCAUUAUCGAAAUUAGCCCAGAAGAUGGCAGCAGCCCGAGCGGCAAGGGAGGAAUCUGCCGCCAAAGCAGCACCGACACAAUUGUCAGAAGACACGAUGGCCAUUGAUGAGCCUAACUCCACUUCAACAGUACAAGAUGAUCCAGAUAUCUUCUCGGCACUUACUAUCCCCCAAACAGCCAAAUCGCAUUUGUCAUCUUCAUCACCUUCAACAUUCUUCUCUAUCCUCACAUCCGCAUCAUCCGCAGAUCAAAGUAAAACAGACAUGGAAAUCACCAAUCUACAUGUACCCCUCGCCACAGACAUCUCAGCGUUGACGAAAAGAUUCGAAGAGGCCUUUGCGGAAAGUCCAGAUGAAGUUGUACUUCGAAAGAGGCAGGGAAGAGCGGGCACGGCAGAUCUAAAUACGACAGUCAAGAAACAAGCGAAAGGGACAGGCUCUAAACCCACUUCAAAGUGA